AUGGAGCAGCAGUCUAACAGGUCUCAUCGACCUGUAAAGGAGAAGAAGAAAUUCGAAGGGUCAAACCCGAAGGCCUUCACAUUCUCCAAAACCGGAAAACUCAACCGUCAACAAGCGCGGUCCCACGAUGUCAAGGAAAAGCGUCUCCAUGUGCCCCAAGUGGAUCGCAUGCCCGAGGAGGCUCCUCCGACGGUAGUUGCGCUUGUUGGACCCUCUGGUGUCGGAAAAACCACUCUGCUCAAGUCUUUGAUUAAGCGCUAUACGAAGCAAACCCUGAGCUCACCCCAAGGACCCUUGACCGUUGUCACGUCGAAGAAAAAGCGCCUCACAUUCAUCGAAUGCCCCUCCGACUCUCUAGCCGCCAUGAUCGAUGUGGCCAAGGUCGCGGAUAUCAUCCUCUUGAUGAUCGACGGAAACUACGGUUUCGAGAUGGAGACAAUGGAAUUCUUGAACGCCUUAUCUACCAGCGGUAUGCCUGGUAACGUAUUUGGUAUUCUCACCCAUCUCGAUCUCUUCAAAAAACAGAGUACCCUGCGCAUAGCCAAGAAGCGCCUUAAGCACCGUUUCUGGAGCGAACUUUACCAGGGUGCCAAGCUUUUCUACCUCUCCGGUGUUAUCAAUGGCCGCUAUCCCGAUCGUGAAGUCCACAAUUUAUCUCGAUUCCUGUCCAUCAUGAAGAACCCCCGUCCGCUCAUCUGGCGCAAUUCGCAUCCGUAUGCGCUCGCCGAUCGCUUCCUCGAUAUCACUCCUCCCACCAACAUCGAAGCCAACCCCAAGUGUGACCGCACCGUCGCGCUCUACGGCUAUCUUCGAGGUACCAAUUUCCCCGCCAAUGGUGCUAGAGUGCAUGUUCCCGGUGUCGGCGACUUGACAGUUUCUGGAAUUGAGGGUCUUCCUGAUCCUUGCCCUACCCCGCAUAUGGACCAGCAAAUAGCAAAGGCAUCUGGAAAGUCUUCUCGACGCAGACUUGGAGACAAACAAAAACUACUGUUUGCUCCCAUGUCCGAUGUUGGCGGUGUCUUGGUUGACAAGGAUGCCGUGUAUAUUGAUAUCAAGACACAAACCUUUAAUCGGGACUCGGAAGACGAAGAAGAAUCCGAUAGUGAGGACCGUCGUGGGCUUGGUGAGCAGCUUGUUGUUGGUCUACAGGGUGAACGGAAACUGCUUGGUGAAGCCGAUCAGGGUGUGCGCCUCUUCCGUGGUGGUGAUGCGAUCUCCCGAGCGGAUGAAGAUGACGAGAGUGGUCGGAAGCACAGAAGACACGCCCGUAUUGCUGAUAUCGAGCAAGACGGCGCUGCAGCAUCCGACGAGGAGUUCAGCGGCGAGGAUGACGAGGAAGAUGACGAGGAAGAGAACUUCAGCGGUGAUGAAGAUGAUGACGAAGUCGACGUCUCCGCGCCGGCUGAUUUCGAGAAGAAGUUCAAACAGCGCCAGAACGGCAAGAAUGAUGGUGAUGAUGAAGACAUUGCGUUCGCCGAUAGUGACUCUGACCUGGGUUCCAUCUCUUCCGUCGAGGACCAAGAGCUUGAGAGUGGUGGUGAAGAGGACGAUGAGGACGAGGAGGAGGAUGACGAGGAUGAGGACGAGGAUGAGGAUGAGGAUGAAGAGGGGAAUGCACGAUGGAAGGAGAACAUGGUGGCCAACGCAAAAGCUCUUCACGGCAAGCGACCUGCAUUCCGUGUCGCCGAUCUCUCGCGCAUGAUGUAUGACGAGUCUAUCAGUCCUGCUGAUGUUGUGCAAAUAUGGCGUGGAGAGGACGAUGAUGGGGAAGAGAGCGACGAGGAAGCCGAAAAGGAAGAAACCGACGACUUCUUCAAGAAGACAAACAACGAGAAGAAGGACGAGUCUGACUACCGUGCCGUGCCCGAAUACGACUAUGACGAGUUGGAGCGGAAAUGGCGCGACGAGGAAUUGAUCGAAUCUCUUAAACAGCGCUUUGUCACCGGCAAGCUCUCUGCUGGUGGCCUCGACGAUCUCGACGAAGUUGACUCGGAUGACUUCGACGACGAUGAAGAUGACGAGGGCGACGGGGCAUUCGAGGAUCUGGAGACGGGUGAAACCUUCGAUGGCUUCAAGGAGGAUGGCGAGGAGGAUGAGGAAAAUGAAGUUGAAGAGGCUGAGCCUGAAGAACCUAUGGAUCUGGAGGCUGAGCGUGAACGCAAUGCUCAGAAAAAGGAGGAAUUGAAACUUCGCUUCGAAGAAGAGGACCGUGAAGGUUUUGCCAAUGCUAAAGAAGGCGAGCGAGAUGGUGGGGAUGGCGAGUUUGGUGAGGACGAUUGGUAUGAUUUGCAGAAGGCAAAGAUGCAAAAGCAGCUUGAUAUCAACCGUGCUGAGUUUGAUACCCUCGACCCGUCCUCUCGAGCUCGUGCUGAAGGUUACAAGGCCGGUACCUACGCACGAAUUGUCCUUGAGAACGUCCCUUACGAGUUUGCGUCCAAGUUCAGCCCUCGUUACCCCGUCAUUGUCGGAGGUCUCGCUCCUACCGAGGACCGUUUCGGAUAUGUUCAGAUCCGUAUCAAGCGUCACCGCUGGCACAAGAAGAUUCUCAAGAGCAACGAUCCCUUGAUAUUCUCACUGGGUUGGCGUCGUUUCCAGUCCUUGCCAAUCUACAGUACUUCUGACAGUCGGACUCGAAACCGUAUGCUCAAGUAUACUCCCGAGCACAUGCACUGCUUCGGUGUCUUCUACGGUCCUCUCGUGGCUCCGAACACUGGUUUCUGCUGUGUUCAAUCAUUCUCCAACAAGAACCCUGGCUUCCGUAUUGCUGCGACCGGCGUGGUUCUGAGCGUGGACGAGCACACUGAGAUUGUCAAGAAGCUCAAACUCACUGGACAUGUUCAACUCUUCCUGGAGAUUGCCAAAUUUGAGGGUGCCUCCAUCCGCACCGUUUCCGGUAUCCGUGGUCAAAUCAAGCGAGCCCUCAGCAAGCCCGAAGGCCAUUUCCGUGCUACAUUCGAGGACAAGAUCCUUAUGAGUGACCUUGUCUUCCUGCGCGCAUGGUAUCCCAUCAAGCCCCAUCGUUUCUACAACCCUGUGACGAAUCUGCUUGAUCAGGGUGACGGUAAAAUGGAUGACGGCGGCUGGCAAGGAAUGCGUCUUACAGGUGAAGUCCGCCGUGAUCAAGGCAUCCCCACUCCCCUAAACAAGGACUCUGCCUACCACAAGAUCGAGCGCCCUACUCGUCAUUUCAACCCUCUGCGUGUGCCCAAGCAGCUGGCUGCCGAGUUGCCUUUCAAGUCGCAGAUCACCAAGAUGAAGGGUCGCAAGGAUCAAACUUACAUGCAAAAGCGCGCUGUUGUUCUUGGCGGCGAGGAGAAGAAGGCCCGCGAUCUGAUGCAGAAGCUUACCACCCUGCGCAACGAGAAGCAGGCGAAGCGGUCGGCCAAGCAGGAAGAACGCCGCAAGGUCUACCGUGCAAAGGUGGCCGACAGCCUGGAGAAGAAAGCGGCGCGCGAGAAGAGAGAGCGCGACGAUUACUGGCGUCGCGAGGGCAAGAAGCGCAAGAAUCCAGAUGGCGAGUCUGGUGGUCGUGGAAAGCGACGCGGUUAA